AUAUAUAAACACAGGUUUACAAGCUCAUGAAAACAUUUAUUUUGCGUUUUUGAUUUUGAUCAGGCUUACCCGAGAGAUAAACAUGUUCAAGUACGUCGUACUUUUUGCUUCGGUGGUGAUGCUUGUCUCUAGUGAGACUUACAGCACUGAGAAUGAUGACAUCGACAUUGAAGGUGUGGUGAACGAUGUUAACAAUCUUAAAGCAUUUAUCAACUGUUUCAAUGAUAAGGGCGAGUGUAACGAGGCUGCUGCUGACUUUAAAAACGACCUCGGAGAAGCUUUCGAAACAGCGUGUUUGAAAUGUACUGAAGCUCAAAAGCAUAUUUUCAAGAGGUUCCUUGAUGAGGCGAAAGUGAAGCUGCCAGAAGAAUACGCGUACUUCCUCCAGAAAUACGACUCAGAGGGAAAAUACAUAGAGCCUUUGAAAAACGCAAUCGCUAGCUUUUAGAUGAUAUUACGAUUUAUAGACUAUGAUAACUGUUUUUCUUUGGUCUGCGAAAUAUAAUAUUUGCCUAUGAUUUUUCAAUAAAAAUGCGAUAAGAA